AUGAGACCUGUGAUGCCAGCUUUCUGUACCGGCAAGGACACUACUCUAUACAUCUUUGCCGGCUGUACUGUUCAGGUUGGGUUGAACUUUUAUGCAGUCUUAUUUCGUCUACUUUGCUAUCUUUUUUUUUUUUUUUCCAUAUUUUGUACGAGUAAUUUCUUUUUUUUUUUUUAA